AUGUCUAAUGUCUAUGAGCAAAAACCAAAACCCAUGACCGUAAAGACGGCCCCUGGAGCCGAGCUGGAGCCAGUGCCUUCACAUGACCUCCGCUCCCGGCCCGCCCUGCUCCCCCUGUUCCCACAGCCACAUUAUCAUACAGAUGUGGGGCUGAAAAGGGCCUGUAGCCUCACAAUGGGAGCUUUAGGCCAGAGCAGGAGCGGGGUGAGGGCUGAGGGGUGGGGGGCGUGGGGGGGGGGGGGGGGGGGGGGGGGGGGGGGACCCUGGACCCUGCAGCAUCACACAGCAUCUCAUCAUCUCCUGCCUCUGUGA